CGACCCCGGCUGAACCAAUGAGCGGGGGGAAGAAACGACAGAGAGAUGCGGAGCUGUUGAGGAGCAGAAACACCCAGUCAAGCUGUGACGCUCCACACGCCUCCUCUGUCACACUGAGGACACUGUCGUCAAAGGCUUCAGCAGCUGUUUGAUUUGUGGUGCCAUUACAACACACUAAUCUCAGACACCUCACAGCUCCCUGAAGUGUCUCCCUGAAGAGUUUGAACAUGACGGGUCAGACUGUGGGAGGUAUGAUCCAGGAUCUGUCGGUGCCCUCACUGCUGGCGGCUGAGGGCCUGGGGCCCAGGUCUCUAGGAGGGGCCGGGUUCUUCACAGAUGAGGCUGUUUCAAUCCUAACCUCCACAAGCCAGCUGGCACGUACCCUCCUGGGUCGCACCUUUGCCCUCAAACGCAAUCAGAGCCUUGUCAACACUGAAGCUAAGGCUGGUAGCAGCUGUGAUGAAGACAAUGGCAGCAAUACACGCCGUAAAAGAGAGUUCAUUGAUGAGGAGAAGAAAGACGAAGGCUACUGGGACAAGAGGAGAAAGAACAACGAGGCAGCCAAGCGGUCCAGAGAGAGGCGGCGAGCCAAUGACAUGGUGCUGGAGCAGCGAGUCCUGGGCCUGUUGGAGGAGAAUGCUCGCCUGAGGGCCGAGCUGUUGGCCCUGAAGUUUCGCUUUGGCCUGGUCAAGGACCCAUCCGAUGUGUCGGUCAUCCCGCUGUCUGCACCCCUCUGUGCUCACCCCACACCCACUACAACACAUUUCUACCAGCCUCACACCGAUGUAUCCUCACACUGCAGCACCCAGCCCAACACCAGCACCCACCACAUCCACCCACACCCUCCGCAGCAGGGUCCCAUCUAUGGGCCGAAGGGAGCUGGACCUCUGUCAAAUCACAGUCUAACCGAGGAGUCUGGUGUUUCCACCUCGUGUGGCUCAAAUUUGGGCAGCCCCAUGUUUUUUGAUGGCACACUGAGUGAGCAUGAUGGGCCUUCUCCAAGGGAGCCGGUGGAGGAGCAGCAGCAGGGCUACGACUCCCACAUCUGUCCCCUGGAGGUCAACAAGAGUCAGUACGUAAACAGACAAGACUCACCCGAGGGCUUGAGGAGCCUCCCACACAAGCUUCGCUUCAAAGGCCCUGGCGGUUGCAGCGACGAAGGUGAGAUGUCUCCAUCCUCUGAUAACAGACACAGUGGACCACCUGUAGCCACAGUGGGGCCAAACAUUCAGGUGAGGAACCACCAGCAGGUGGUGUGGGACAGUCGGACAGAGAGACAGGUUUCUUGGUCCAGAGAGGAGCAGCAGUAUCAGGAUCCAUCCGCUGGAUAUUAUAGCUCCUCUUCUCUGCAGAACUUCAGAGACACCAAGUAUUGGGCAGAGGACAUCAGUCUCAGGUCUCAGCUCAGCUGUUUGUCUCAGGAAGUGGCUCAGCUCAAGAGGCUCUUCUCUCAACAGCUGUGUUCCAAGAGCUCUUAAAACCUGAACACAGGAGGAUCAAGUCUAAAGCAAUGUUAAUAGUCAGAUUUUGUCUAACCAUUCAUCUUACAGGCUACUGAUGUCCACAAGGCAGCAUGGCUCCCAGAGAAAACAGCUACCUCUGAAGUGACAAACAGUAUGUAUGACACCUGUUUCACUGGAAAAGCUUAGUUUAGGAGCCUGUUUGUUCUCUGAAGGUGAGCAUCAGAAAGCACAGACACAUUUAACUUUUAAAAGAAUACUAAAUGAUUACAAAACUAAAAGUGAUUCACAGUUCUAAACUCUGGGCUGGUCUGUCAGAAACACUGGAAUGGCAUGAAAGAUACAACACAAAGCACAUGGUUCAGUCUCUCCAUGUUCUUGAGUGAAAUGUGGUGGUUUUUGUCUUCUUUGGGACUUUUUUAAAAAUAUAUUAUGUGUAAAGGUAGCAUGAUUACACAAUUUGUCCCAAAGACAAAACUUGUUUUUUUUUUUUGUUUUGUUUAUUUGAGGGGGGUGGUGGUGGUGGUGGUGUUUAAUGUCCGGUUUAUGUUAUGACAGCAAGGCACAUACAAUUGUACAUUUCAUCUUUGUUAUAUGAUUGAAGUGAAUUGUACUUUGAAAUAAAAAUAUAUUUUCUAUACAAGACUGGUGAAUCUUUCAUGACAAAUAAAUAUUUUCUCACUGUAAUAGCAGA